AAGAAUUUUUGAUGAUCGGGUGUCAUUUCCUUGUAUUUUAACUUUUGUUAAUUUCUGACGACGACGGCAACGAGGGAACAUGAACCGGCAGACACCGUACUCAUCACCCUCCCCACGCCAACACUCCAAACGACCGAAACGUUCGAUUCUCUCCACCCUUCUCCACAAGCGCCCGUCAUGGGUUCUCCCCUCCCUCUCCUCUCUCGCCUCCUCUUCGACAAAGUCGUCACCCGCGUCAUCAUCUAGUUCCUCCUCUUCGGCGUUUCAAGACUUUCUCCCAAGCGCCUAUGAAGAAGCCUCGCUAGAAGAGACAGACAAAGUCUGGGACGCCGUAGACGUUCAAUCUGAUUGGCGAACGCGCGAAGGAGAGCAUCAAUGGGAGGAAUGGGAGGACGCGCUGAAUAUGGGGUAUGGUGGGGGAAUCACGAUGGAGAAAACACCCGCAGAUUUGAGUUUACCGUCUGUGUAUGAAAUGGAACGGGAUCGGGAGGAAAGGGCUUCUAUUGCCAGUAUGGAUGCCGAAGACUAUGAAGAUACUUUUGAGGCAUCGUAUGCGGAAGCGCUUGGCUCCGCGGGGUUGAGUGAUUGCUUGGAUCAAAAAUCCAAGGAACGCACCGCGACCUCUCAAAGGAGAGCAGUAGACCGAAUUGCCAGUAUUCUGUCGCAUUUUAGUAUAGGAAAGCAGUCCAAACGCAAAUCUUGGGAAACCGUCUGGGUAGGAUCUCAUAAUGGGAAUGUGGGAGUUGGAGGGGACGGGCGGUAGGGAGCUCAAGGCUUAUUUUUGGUUGCAUUUUUUUAUUUGGUUUUAUAACUUAUAUUCGUGAUGGGGUGGGUACUAGCUAAUACUCUAUGUGGUGUGGACAUCCUCAGGUGUCUCAUUCUCUUUUUUACAUCUAUAUCUUGAUAAAUGCUUCCACUGAGCAUCUAAUCUAUUCCUGCAGAGUUCAUGGAAAUGCUUGGGACGCAUGGGAUGAUCGCCACGUAGGUCUUUGCCCCACCAACUUGUCAAGAGCCGCAGUGGAAUGUUUACG